GUGCCUCGGGACUGGGGUGUGCGCGGCCCCGCCGCUGGCCAUGGCCUUCACUUUCGCUGCUUUCUGCUACAUGCUGUCCCUCGUGCUGUGCGCCGCGCUCAUCUUCUUCGCCAUCUGGCACAUCAUUGCCUUCGAUGAGUUAAGGACGGAUUUUAAGAGCCCCAUAGACCAGUGUAACCCUGUUCACGCAAGGGAACGUCUGAGGAACAUCGAGCGCAUCUGCUUCCUCCUGAGAAAGCUGGUGCUUCCGGAAUACUCCAUCCACAGCCUCUUCUGCAUCAUGUUCCUGUGCGCUCAGGAGUGGCUCACCCUGGGGCUGAAUGUCCCUCUACUUUUCUAUCACUUCUGGAGGUAUUUCCACUGUCCAGCGGACAGCUCAGAGCUCGCCUACGACCCACCGGCGGUCAUGAAUGCGGACACCUUGAGCUACUGUCAGAAGGAGGCCUGGUGCAAACUGGCGUUCUAUCUGCUGUCCUUCUUCUACUACCUUUACUGCAUGAUCUACACGCUAGUGAGCUCUUAACUCAGACCGCGCACGUCCUCCGAGGCUGAGUUCGCAGGAGCCGGGCCCAGACGGGGACGCGUGAGAGACAGCUGCGGACUGAGGGUUCCUGCAGCAGUGGUGGGCCAAGGGGCCGUGCACUCGGGGUGCGGUCCCUUCGGGGCCGUGGGCCCUCUCCUGGGCGAGGACUGCUGCUUCCUGAGCAACACGCACCUCUGCGACAUCUCUGUGCCGUGCACGCGGAGCCCCGGGACCGCGGGGUGACAGGCUGACAGGCUGCGCGGGGCCUGCCCAGGACGGAAUGACCCAGGAUCCAGGCCGAGUGUGUGGCACUCCCUGAGCCUCUCGUGUUUCUUCUGACCCCUGGCCAUGGCCCGCGCGUCCGUGGGACGGCCUGGAGGGCACAGACAUUGGCCUCUGAGCCCUGACCGGCCCCGAGCCCGCAGGCUGUUUGUGCACUCUGUGGUGGGAGAGCCGGCUCCGCGACGCCAGGAACACAGCGCGAGGCCGUCCGUCCAUCCUGAGUUAUGUCCAAAGUCAAGGGGAGGCGGGAAUCCGAGGGAAGAAUGAUUUUGUAAAAUGUUCACAGGUUCAAAGUGUUAGUUCUUGGCCCCCACGAACUGUACUCUUGGGCUGUCAAUCCAGAGCACCACAGAACCCAUGAGCGCAGAUCGAUGGCUCCACACUGUCACAGCCGCCCUGAGUCGAGGACCCCGAGCAGCCACGCGCCCAGAAAGCACUGUGAUCCCUGUGCUGUGCCCGUGUGGCCGGCGGCCAGGAAGUGACACGGCAUGGUCAUAUGUUGCUGCAUCAUUCACGCGGGGACAUUCGCUUGUUGAGAAUUUUCCAUUUGACAGUCUGUCCUCUGUGGGUAGCCAUUGUUCUAGGAGCUUGUAAAUAAUGACAAGGCUGAGAUGUUCCACGUUUGAAUUGGGCACAGUGAUUUCCACCUUGUUCCCCGAACUUGCUUGCUUGCUUCUGUUGGACACACACAGGCUGCUUAGGUAUAUACCUGUGUCCGGCUCCCGGCGGAGGCCCGUGACUCCGGUUUAUGAAUGAUGGUGUGACAUGCUGUGCACACGUUUGCAUGCGGUGGCCGGUCCAGUGUCUCACCUACCUGACUGGUCUCGUUUAAACCCCAUGACAGGCUGCAUUCGGCUCUGCAGGGUUGGCACAUUAGAAAAAAAUGUUCCAAAAGGCGUUUUGCUUCUAAAAAUUGUAUAGAGAACAAAACUCAGACUUCCGCUCUGAGGCUGACGGUAUAAAACCAGGGGAUUCUGGGCAGUAUUUUGGGGACCAGACUCCCCUUUGUCCAGGCUGGGUAGCUGGGGCUGGGGGGCGAGCUGCCUGUGGGGCCGGCUGGCCUUGUCUCUGACCCCAUUCCUGAGAAGACCGGCUGCGACAGCCCUUGACCUGCCAUACUUCUCACUCUGGAGCUGCUUUGUUUGCUGUUGUAUUUUGCCUCCUUCCAGAGAGAUGCGAAGUGGUCCGUAAUAGCAGACACAGGUACACAGGGACCACUGAAAUGGAAGUAGGGAGCUCAGACCCAUAGAGGAGGACCACCGACUUCCCGAGGUCCUGACUCCUGGAACAUUGCCUUCUCCGCAGUGAAGGGUAGCCCACAUUUGCCUAGGUUGCUUUCAUGUCCUCUUUGACCUUCCUCACGGUCCUAUGAGGUCGAUACUCUUCUUUUUCCCAUUUUCUAAGGGAGGAGGCAGAAGCUGAGAAAGGGUAAGCGACUUACCCGUGGUCACUCAGCAGCCACAGACCUGCCUUUACACCCAGGUCAUCUGACUUCAAAACCCCAUGUCCUUUCCAUCACCGAGAGCCAGCGAAGUAGCUUAGGCCCCUGCGACAGUUGGAUUAGCGUACACUUUUGGAGAAAAGGAGAUUUAAAGACACAGAGCUAUAGACAAAGUGCCUGGUUUCUGUUCCUUCUGUGCAGGCCUCAGCCUUGCUUUGCCGUGGUGGGUUCUUCCCCGGGGGGUCCCCUGAAAGCUGGAAGAGCUGCAAGGGCACGAACACCCCAGUGCUCCCCUCCCACAAGCUGCGAACCCGAACCAUCUCCGCUGGUCUGGUGGGGGCUUGAGCUGGUUUUCGGGUCCUGCGAGAGCUAAUCAUGAGCGCAGGGGUGAACAGCUGCUGGAGCCGCGCUGGGUGCCAUGACCUCACCUGGCCCACGGCGACCCCACAAAGCAGGUUGGGGUUACCGACCAGGAAGCCAGGGAGGCUCGGGUGGGUGAGCCUGCCCCAGGGACCGAGCCAGACCGGGGCUCAGGGCUGCGCCUGAGUGGGGGAUGGUGACCACAGCUCUGAACCGAGGUGUCGGCCGUUACUCCAGGCGCUCGCCUCCUUGUGGCACUGUGGGGUCGACAUUACCUGUGUUUAUAGAUGACGAUGUUCUGGGACCUCAGAGGCCCUCAGCGAGGGAGGGGCGGGCAGAGCUGGGGCCAGCAUCGAAGCCCGGUGUGCCCCACCCCCCCGUAACGUUGCCUGCUGGGAUAUCUUCACCUGUCCGUGUUUGUCCCACAGUCGGGGGGAGGGCAGAGCAGGGGACAGUGCCCUGGGUACAUCCCAAAGCGCUGAUGCACGGCUCUCCCUGCCCGGCACGGCUCUGGGCACCGGGAAAGAGGUUCUCAGGGGCGCAGGCAUCAGGGAAGGUGCCGUGGGGACCCGAUUCCCGUUUCCUUGGAGAGGCAGAGCCAUAGGCCUAGCUGUGCCCAAAGGGGCAGAGCAGAACUUGGGGGGGGUCACUUUCCAUGUCACUAAGUGAGGUGGAUGAUGACACCCACUACACUGACCUGUUAGAUUAAAUGAGGUCAUAUUUGCAAAGAACCGGGAAGAGUGCCCUGCACGUGGGAAGUCAGGUAAGAGAUGCCCCCUCUGUGGGAGGUGGGUCCCCCUCGCUGUCCUCACUGUGCCCUGUGCGCAUCCAGGUCCAGGGCCUCUGGAGGGAGGGGGACAUCACCUGGACCAGCUGCCCUCCUGACGCCUUGUUCCGGCCACAGUAUCCUGACCCCUCUUCCUCGAGCCGUGCUCUCCAGCCUGUGAUGGCCGCCCUCCAACGCUUGCUGCGUGCAGGCCCCGUGCAGGGCAUGUGCCCCGUGCAGGGCAAGGUCUCACCUUAACCCCCACAACAAUAUCGUGAAGUAGGGGCCGUCCCUGGGUCCGGUUCAUCGUUGAAGUACUGAAGCUGGUGGAGGUUACGUGAGUGACGGUGACCAGUGAUGCGUGGAGCCUCGACUCCAACCCACGUCUCUUUGUCCCCGGGGCCUUGGGCACCUUGCAUUCCUGAAGGGGUGAUGCUGGACAGGGCUGGGGGAGGGAGAACGGGAGGGACGCUGUCCCAGGAGUGUGGCUGGAGCACCUGCUGUCUCCAUAGCCGGUAGCUCAGGGUACAUGACCUGGCGUUCGGGAGGGUCUGAGCUACGGGGUCUUGUGCAAGCUUCCUGAAGUUUCUGAGACUGAGCUGUCCCGUCCGUAAGGUGGGGCAAGACUACCUCCCUUGCUAGCGUGGUCACGAUCAUCAAAAGUGAGUUAUGUGCGUAGGGCUUGUGCAGGGGGCUCAGCGCACCUUGGUGCUCAGCGCUCGGCUUCCCUCCCCCCCACAGAUGUGAAGGGAGCCUUCCUGGAAUUGAACGCUAGCUGCCCCCCAGUCCUGCGGCCGGCUGGCACAGGACCCCGGGGACAGAGCUCAGCCCUCUCGAGACCUCCCCUGUGCUUCCUGUUUGUAGACUUGGCCAUUGCACUGAUGUUGAAUGAAGUUAUCGCUGUUGGGGCAGUUUUGUUCUCUCUCUCGAGAGGCGAGUGGAGCUGCUUUGACAACUGCACAGACCCCUCCUAACCCUUCCUGUCCCCGGGCUGGGGCUGCUCCUUUCCAAACUGCGCGCUGGUGUGAGCAGUCCGGGUUUCAGGCGUCCUGGGCUCCGAGGCUUAGGCAGAGGGCU